AUGCAAGCCGCACUCUGGACACGAAUAAAAGGCGAGGCUUCUGUGGCAAAAUCCAUCGAUCUGAUUGGAUCGUUUGCAGAUGCGUUCGUACCCGAAGACGCCAGUGCGACGAUCGCGGUCGAUAUUCGCAGAGACGAUGCCAUAUGGGAAAUCCUGCAGGCGGGGCUCGGGUCUUCCGAUAGUGUCACGUUCAAGCGAGCGAUUGUGCUGUUGAAGACGGUGCUGCGGUCGUGUGAAAAGUCGGCGCGACCGCAGAAGAAGUACCCUAACCGCAAGGCUAAGCCAGCUCCGCCCGCAGAGUGCUCGGGGGUGAGAGCCAAUCAGACCGCCGAGAAAACCGAGUUCCGGUUUACGAAGCAUUUCUAUUGGUCGACGGAGAAUAGUGCGACGUGGGACGUGCUCGUGCGAACGUUUAUGGCCAAAGCGGAAACUUCGAACCAUCUGUCGCGUCAGGAACUGCAACUGUGGCCGAUGGUGUUGGCUGCAGUCGACGAAGACAUGCAGAGGACGCGGAACAGACACAGUGUCAGUGACGCCUCCCACGCAUGUGUCUCGGGGCUGUUGCCGUGGGCAUUGUGUGCGUUCGCCGUGUUCUUCGACUACGACUCAAAAUACUUCCGCCAACAAGCGCUGAGGCAACUGUUGUGCUAUAACAUCCCCCGCCACCUGCCCACCAUCGCCUCCAGUCAACCGUUCAUCGAUUUUAUUUUUCAUAAUGUCUUUCCGGUUAUGGCACGUCCAGCCUAUUAUUCCGUCACCAUGCGGAAUAACGCCCACACCACAGACCCAGCCGCCUACGAGCGACCCGACCCAACCGCCGGUAGAGGUGGUAUCAUCACUCACACCGACACCAAUGUAACACCGCACAAGGGCAAGAGCACUGGGCAACGCACCACGCCAGCCAUACGUGACGAAAUAAGCACGGGCCCCAUCGGCAGUGGUGACGGAAUAAGCGUACCUACCGGGGCACGAGGUGUGACUACUACCACUGCUACGACUGCUACUACUACUGUAGGUACUACUACUGUAGGUGUGAGUAUAGGGGGUGGUAGUAGUGGCGGGGGGGCUGGGCCGGGCCAUCUGCACAAGCAGCUGAAUGGGCGUGGCGAUGCGGACUGUGUGAGCGAUGUUGUGGACACGGUCACUCUACUGCCACAGUUCUUCUCUGAUGUUGCUGGGCUACUACCGGGUGCGGAAAGACGGCACUUUAUCCGCCGUUUCGUCGAGGCUCUCCGUACAGUCACAGACGGGGUGGCCGUGGGCGUCCUCAGCAUCUGCCUAACCGCCUUCGCCGCCAUCACCACACACGGACACGGUAACCAUGGCAACGGUUCCCUUGGCAACCCCGUGGCCACGUGCUCAGAGACAGCCUCCUGCGCAACCACGGUGUACGACCGUGCCUGUAUGGAACUGCUGAGUGGUAACGUCGUGCACAACAUCGGGAAGUCCAGCUCACACGCGUGGCGCGUAGAGGCCAUCCGUAACAUCGUCACCAGCAUCUGUACACUGGGCAGUGCUCCAUACACAUCCGUAUGCACCUGUGACGACGCGUGUGUGUGUGCGUGUGCGUGUGAGUGUGUGUCUCCCUCUCACCCCGCAGACACCCCCCACCCAUCGGCCCCUACAGACGUAACGGCUGAAUGUGUGCUGUGGCUGGUCACGUCGCUGGUACAGCUGCAGGGGGCGGGGUCGGGCCAGCUGACGUAUGUGCAAAGCUUACUCAAUGCCUCGUCGCGUGGUCUGUGCCGAUUGCGAGUGCGCGGCGUGACUGGUAAAGUGCGGUACUUUGCGCAGGAGAUAGCGUGCUUGGUGGGUUCGUUCAGCCCUGUCCUGUCCGCUGAAGGACAGGGCCGUGGGGCUGGGGACCGUUUCUCUGGCCCUUUAGAUGAAGAUGCGGUCGAGCUGUACCACGCUCGAGCGCUGGGCCUAGCCGCCGUGGUGACUGCCCUGGCACAGUACCCACACAGUGCCGAGGAGGGUGACCAUGCAGACACACAAGCAGACAAGGAAGUUCGGUACGUGGUGGAAGCUGCCCUGCGCUCAGUGGCCCGCACACUCGGCCAGGGCGUGACCUCGCUGUGUGGGGUGCGUGGUAGCCCUGGCAACGCAGCAGCAGGUACUGCCCGCCGAACUGACACUUACACUGACAUUGACACUGACACGGGCAGGCCGCUUUUCACUGCGGUGAUGUACAGCGCAGGGGCUCUGCUCAACCACUCGCUGGAGCUGUGGGCGCGACACCCCUCCCCACUCACACAGUCUAUGUACGCACAAGUACUAGGUGGAAGGACAGAACCAGGUCCAACCGGGCCAAAAGAGGCCCAGAAAUCUGAUUCCGGGACACUCUGUGGGGGUGCAGCUGUGGGGGUGUCCGUGGCUUUGCUACACGCCUUAAAUGAGUUAUUGAACAAGGCACAGUACGGAUCACACGCCGCAGUGGCGCCGUCGGUAAUUUUGCUGGCAAGCUUACACACGCACGUGCUCGAACACGUGUACAAGACAGACGCAAACUUUGAGCUGGAAGCCUAUUUGGAGUCCCGGUGUGUGACUGAUUUGGCCCACAUCUGCACUCUGCCUUACAUGGACACUGUGAAUACAGCGGAUGUAGGCGGAACGGAGACUAUGGAGACGAAAGUGAACGUGCGGAAAGCUAAGUCCAGGUUUUUUUUACUCCAAACCACGCCAUGCCACUCGCCUCUCUGCAGCAUCGCCUACCAUAAGACCUUGUGCAGUGAACGUAUCGCUGGCAGUGAUAAUGUGACGUGCGCGCCAUUCUUCGCCUCGGUACUGAGUUUGGGUUCAAUUGCCCACCGCCACGAGGACUGGCUUAUUGCCCCCCGCGCCAAACAAGACAGUCUUAUUCCGUCACACGCCAAACAAGACAUCCCCCACCCAUCCCCCACCUCGUGUCCCGAGACCCAGCAACAGUCACACGCGCGUACACCGACCGGGCGUGUGCCUACGAGUGUGUCUACGGAAGAGGACAUAGCUGCGGUGUGUGAUCGACUGGGGCUUUCGGUAGUGUCCGUAGACACGUGGCGAGAGGUGAUCCGCACGUUGAAUGGGGUUGUGGUGAUGCGUGCACAGGCACAGUCGCUAGGCCACUGGGGCACACACUUUGCCAUAGCUAGCGAUGGGGUUAUGCGGAUGGCUUUCCGCCGUGUGCUAGCGAAUUGCACUGUUGGUGGUGCAUUUGAUGGUGCGUGGUUUCCUUUACAGCUGAGUCGUUUGGGUCACAUGCUGCAACCACACUGCUAUCGUUUGUAA